AUGGAAAGACAUUCGGGAGAAGGAUGCGUGGAAGGGUCCGGACGCACCGUGGGUGACAGAGAAGAUCCCCAUGCAGAGAUAGCAGGCAACAAGGAGGCCACGGGGGCAAGUACCCCCACGGACAGCAGCUCUGACAAUUCUUUACAGACGCCUCCAGUGCUGUCCCCCGGAGAAGGGAUGAGCGGGGAUAUUAGUGUCACGUCUCACACAGACUGGCAGAGCUAUGGGGGGCACGACCCACCACAUGGGGACGACGGGAUCAUCAGAGAUUCGGACUUAGAGGAACCCAAAAUGUGUAUUGAAGAGACAGCCACGUACUGGAGUGCAGGUGGGGGAGAGUCACGCCAAGAGGACUUCCUGACUCCAGACGGUGAUAAUAUGGCAGCUCAGAGAAACCGUACAGAAAAUGGCGCCAGGCUCUACUUCCCCCUACAGAAAACGCUGCAGAACCUCCGGCUGCUGGACCUGAAGCUGAAAUAUAGCAGCCGCCAGGCCACCGGUGACAAGAGGUCAUCCACGUACUUCAGUGAGCCGCACUCCAGGUCCCCAGAGGAGAACCCCCCGCAGAGUGAGAAGACGCACAGCUUGGGGCUCAUCGCGCUCCUCUCCCAGUGUCACCUCAAGCUGCAGCAGAUGGAGGAGCUCAGACUGUCCUCAGCACAGCUGGCCAGGAGCCUCUGGGAAGCCCAAGAGACGAUUUCGUAUCUGAAGGAGAACGUGGCCGCCCUGCACCGAGAAAACGCUCAGAAGGAAAACGCCAUCUUUAGCUUAUCCAAGGAGCUGAUGGAAGCUAAGAGCCUUCUGUACGAGAAGUCAGAGAGGAUCGCAGACAUGGAAGCCAUGUUCUCAGGCCUGGCGGACCAUCUGCAGAGCAGACCAUCGCAGCAGGGAUCGGAAGAGAUUUGUCAAAUGAACGCCGGUGACCCCGGGGCCUCCAGGAUCUGUGCCAUCCUGUGACACGUGGCCAGCCGUGGCUAAUAAACGUGGCUGCCCCUCACAUGUCUUCAUUGGUCUUUGCCGGAAUCACCUUAAUCACAGCGUCGCAGGAACCAGCAGGGAACUGAGUGGGAGCGAGCGCCAUUAAGGUGCUUUGCCCCCAGGUACUCCUAAAACGCCCGGUCCCACGUGUCGCGCCUGACGCAGCAUGAUGCGGGCGCCAAGUCCACGCUGAGUUUUUUCUGUGUUGUAAAU